CGUGCCCCAUGCACAUUUAAGUAUGGUGUGUAAUAUUCAAAAUUUCGCAAGUAAGCGUUUUAGUUGGAAUGCCAUAAAAAUCAUGUUACUGUAACAAAUGUUGUUUUUCUAGCUUUUUAGACCGUACAUGAUGUCGAGUGAAAAUAUUAUUAGUGUGAGGGGCCGGCUCAUCUUUUGUGGUCAUAACAAUAACAGCACAAGUGGCCGCGGCGUCACAGAUUGGCUUUUAUGCAAGUUAUAAACUGCUCACCUGGAACCACGCUUCGUCCAUUAAUGGCGGCAUCGAGUUACAGAUGGCGUGUAUCUGUACGCGAGAAAAAAGUACUUAUUGAGUUCGCGAACGGCAUCAACGCCGAAUGGACAAUUCAGUCGCCAGCAAAUUUUGACUGACAACAAAAACACACAUUACAUUACCGCCUGCACAAUAGUUGGAAUAAUCAUAUGCUUCCGGCUAGUGCAACACCAUUUGCAGCAAACCGUCAAUUGGCUAAUGCAGCUGAAUCUCUGCGCAUCUCCAUCUGCCUGCUCGGACUAGCCGUUAAAACAAAAAGCGUUUUGCUUUCUAUGUCCUUUACAUAAUCUGUAAAUUACGCUUUCUUUCAAGUAUUAAGAUAAAAAUCUCCGCAAUGCUUCUCCGGAUCGCUUCGAUUAUAUUUAUUGGAAUUAUUAAAACAUUUGUGUUCUGCAAGGAGCCGCUAAAUAUCAAAUGCACACUUGAUCCAGUUCAAAUUACCGUGGAGAUCUUUGUCUCAAGACCGCUGUAUAACGUGCAACUAAAGAAUGCUGACCGAACUUGUGAUCCUCAAGAAUUUACGCCCAAUUCCAUCAAAUUCGUUAUUCAGAAUUAUCAAUUGGGAAUGUGCGGCUUCGUCCGGUCGGACAGUUCCACGGACGGUUUAGACGGUACAUUCUGGAAUAAUCUCAUUUGGAAAGAAAAGCCCACCUCUAACAAAACCAAAACUACCAAGAUUAAAUGCACUCACAAAAUGAGCGCCAUCCUCAGCUCAGCCGCCCAGCUGAUCCCCAUGCCGGUGCGCGUGCAGGUGAUCCAUUUGCCCUUUGGGGCGUUCCCCAGCGCCUUUAACGGAGAUGCCGCACCGCCCAUCUCCGCCACGUCGUCUAAUCCGGGAUCGGAAAUGCGAUCACCCUUCCCACCGGGAAUCAGCCCGCUCGGUUCCGGUGUGAUUAUGGUGCGUUCGCGACCUUUGCGGACGUCCUCGAGUAGUGGACCCGGUGGUCCCAUUCCCGCGGGCGUAGUGCCCUUUGACGGAUCUUCGUUCUCCAGUUUGUUCCCGUCCGAGGUGCCCAUUAUUCGUUAGUUUAAAUGCUCGUAAAACUUUUGCAUUUGUUUUUGCAAACUUUGAGAGCGGAAUUAUUAACGUUAACGCCACAAUGUUUUUGCGGCUUGGGAUGAGCACAGUACGUGCCGGUGAGCGCGAAAAUGACAGCGCCUGUUGCUUUGGUACAUUCAGUGAAUUUCAUUGAAAAAAUUUAUAUCGUGCUUUUGCGCAAAAGAUUGGAAGACGAUCAUAACCGAAUUAGUGCAAACACAUAGCUUUCGAGAUCAGUGCCGGCACUCUCAGGUCUGGUUUGAAGCUUCCAUUUUGUAUUAUUUCAGCAAUCAGAUUAAAGCAAAGUAAA